AACCACUCCUCUUGCUCUUCUGCUCGUCAUGAGCUGUCACAGUUUAAUCCGCGAGUUUUUGAUCGCUGAUAAAUCGAGUGUCUCGGUUGUUAUUUUUCAAACCUUUUAUACACACCCAAAAAAAAAAGUUAAGUGAUUUCAAUCGCAACAAAAUCUAGAGGGAGUGAGUUAGAAAAUUUAGAUUUUACUUCUAUUGUUUUGUUUUAAAACUUUCUCGCACUCGAAAAAACGCGCACCGAAAUCGAACAAAUGUGCGAAUACAAGUGUGCACAUCGGUAACGGGAGACGUCAAAUCAAUUUAAUGCCGUUUCGUUCGCCGAGAUAUGUGUAGUGUCAGAUUUCAAUGAAGUCGGUGAAGAAAUCGUUGUUCUAAAUACUGUCAGAGAAAAAGAGAGAGAGAGAGAGAGGGAGAGGGAGAGAGAGAAUCUUUCUUCUAUGCAUAUAUAACCCCGCUUAAGUUUAUCUCAAGUUGCAAUCGGGUGCUGUGCGGCUUUCGGUUUUUGACGUGCAUUCGAAUUGUCGCAAAUCGUUGAGAAAUUGUGACACAAAUCGGACGAUAUUCGUCGCUAAUCGCCAUGAAAAUUAAUGAGAAAAAUAUGGUAGCGUUCGCAACCUCCGCAACACCGGUUGAUCGCGAGGGUUGGCUGAACAAGCGCGGAGAGGUGAAUCGUGGAUAUCAGAGACGUUGGUUCGUUCUCAAAGGUAACAUAUUGUUUUAUUUCGAACGUCGCGGUGACAAGGAACCGUUGGGCAUGAUCGUGCUCGAGGGAUGUACGAUCGAAUUAGCGGAGGACGAGGAACAAUUCGGUUUCAAGAUAGUAUUUCACGGACCGAACAACCGAAGCUACGUUCUGGGAGCGGAGUCUCAGGAAUCCAUGGAACAAUGGAUGAAAGCAUUGGCGUGUGCCAGUUACGAUUAUAUGAAACUCAUGGUGACAGAACUCCAACGUCAGUUGGACGCUGUCGAAGAAGAAACAACGUCUGUGCCGGUGCAACAACAACAACAACAACAACAACCACAAUCACCCAAAGUCCCGCCGAGACAACGACACAAUCCCUUCAACAGACCGGAUUCUCAUCAUCGUUCCCAGAGCGUCAGAUCGGCGCCCGGCAGAACGGAGAAUAUGCCCAGAACCAGGAUAAGUUUUCGCGAAUUACACACGGCUUACGGCAGACGAAUCUUGGCGGACCUGAACGCGUGGAGACACGCGAAGAAAAACGCGGAAGCACCUUUGAUAACACUGUAGUUUUUAUCGUGGUAUAACUUUGUAGAUAUACUUCAACAACACGUGUAUGUAAAUUUGCGAGAAUAACUUGCUCUCAACGAGUCAGAGGUCUAGAUAGAUUUCGUAUACAGCACAAGUUUUUAUUUGUGUGAUAUAUAUUUGGUACGUGCACAUUGCGCUCUCUUUCUCUCUCUCUCUCUCUCUCUCUCUGUUUUUCUCUCUUUCUUGUUAAAAAUAUAAGAGAUUAAUUUACACGAGAUAAAGCCAAGAUAAAGUUUUUUGCACAAUGCGAGGAAAUAGUGAUAGCGAUAAGAAUAGGAACAGAAUUCCAACUCGUCGGAAAAUUUAUCGCUAUUGCUUAUUCCGUUUUCUGAUCAGAAUUGAUACAUAUGUGU